GAGAGCUCCACUGGUUGUGAUCACACCAGUUGAGCUCUGCUUUAUGGAUUAUUAGAAAUCACGCUUUCAAGAUGUAAAUGAAUUGGAUUAAUCAGGGGUGAAAAAAACGAGCUCGAUGUAGUUUGUCCACUCUGAACACUUGUGAUCACAGAGACUGGUUCCGUCCUCCUACUCCCUCCUCGACUCUCAUCUCAUCCUGAUGAUGCAUUGAUGCACAUGACAGUAAUGGUAGGGUUUGAAACGCCAUCGCGGCGACCAAUUAUGUUUGAAAAUGUUGAAACAUGCUGCACAGCUAUUUCUGGACUUUCCUUUCUGUGGCAUGUGUGUGUGUGUGCAUGUGUGAACGUGGGAGAGAGAGAGAGAGGAGAGAAGGGGGCUGAGAUUGAGAUUGUCUUAAUUCCAUCUCUGCUAACACUUCAGUCCAUGCCUAAUCUCCCCGGCCUGUUAAAAGGUACUGUGCCUCGUGGGUGGGCUGCAGAGGACACCUUACUGCCACAAGAUCAAUCCCUCCAUCUUUCCUUUCACCCCUUCACAGUUUUUCACUCUGCAAAGACACUGUGUCAUAUUCUGUCUCGGAAAGGCCAUCACCUUGAGGAGCCAUGAACGGCACAGAAGGACCAAACUUUUACGUCCCCAUGUCCAACAGGACCGGCGUGGUUCGCAGCCCCUUCGAGCACCCGCAGUACUACCUGGCCGAGCCGUGGAAGUACUCCCUCCUGGCCGCGUACAUGUUCUUCCUGAUCAUCACGGCCUUCCCCAUCAACUUCCUCACCCUCCACGUCACCAUGAAACACAAGAAGCUGAGGACGCCGCUGAACUACGUGCUGCUCAACCUGGCGGUGGCCGACCUCUUCAUGGUGGUCGGGGGCUUCACGGUCACGCUCUACACGGCCCUGCACGGAUAUUUCAUCUUGGGCGUCAACGGCUGCAACGUUGAGGGAUUCUUUGCCACGAUGGGAGGGGAGAUCGCGCUCUGGUCUCUGGUGGUCUUGGCCGUCGAGCGCUACGUCGUGGUCUGCAAGCCGAUGACCAACUUCCGUUUUGGGGAGAAACACGCCCUCGCUGGCCUGGCGUUCACGUGGAUCAUGGCCCUGACCUGUGCUGCACCGCCUCUGCUCGGAUGGUCCCGGUACAUCCCAGAGGGAAUGCAGUGUUCCUGCGGGAUCGACUACUACACCCCCAAGCCCGAGUUCAACAACGUUUCAUUUGUCAUCUACAUGUUUAUCCUCCAUUUCUCCAUCCCCCUCUUCAUCAUCUUCUUCUGCUACAGCCGCCUGCUCUGCACCGUGCGAGCGGCCGCGGCUCAGCAGCAGGAGUCUGAAACCACCCAGCGAGCGGAGAGGGAAGUGACACGCAUGGUCAUCGUCAUGGUGAUCUCCUUCCUGGUGUGCUGGGUGCCGUACGCCAGCGUGGCCUGGUACAUCUUUGCCAACCAGGGAGCCGAGUUUGGACCGGUGUUCAUGACGGCUCCGGCCUUCUUCGCAAAGAGUUCUGCUCUGUACAACCCGGUCAUUUACAUUCUGCUUAACAAACAGUUCAGAAACUGCAUGAUCACCACAGUGUGCUGCGGAAAGAACCCGUUUGGAGACGAUGACGCCGCCGCCACCGUGUCCAAAACCCAGACUUCGUCCGUAUCCUCCAGCCAGGUGGCCCCAGCUUGACCUGCCGCCCUCACCCCACCCUCAGCUCCUCCUCCUCCUCCUCAAUGUCCCAUCUGUUCCUGCACAUCUAGGGACCCUCCACUGCCAAGCAGCUCUAUGUCGCAUCGACCGAAUCCUCUUGACUUACCUCUCCACGUGUAAUCGCCACACACUCAAAGAGCCAGCGUGUGUGUGUGUGUGUGUGUGUGUCAUGAAUCCGUUUAGUCAUGGGAAGUGUUCAGAUGGCUUCACAGACUUUAAAUCCAGCAUCGUGGGGGUGUGUUUUGUGCGCGC